AAACAUGAGCAUAUUCAUCGUCUGGGGGCUUUACCAGUGACCCUGAAGAAAAACUUCGCCCACCUCAAAAAUCCGAACUAAGCGUCCCCCCCUCUCUCUUACCUUCUAAAAGACGUCACCUGGUAAAUAAAAAGAGAGAGAGAGAGAGAGAAUACAACUCGGGAGAAGCCCAGAGGGGAGAGGAGAGUGGGAGAAUGGAGGGGAGGGGACCUGUGUAUAGAUGAGGUAUACAAACAGCAGUGGCUCUCGAAGGGGAAAUUCAACUUUCCUUUCUGUCUGUAAGAGCCAAAAGAAAAAAAAAAGGACUAAGGUAGUCGAAGAGAGACGUUCUCUUCUGGGUUUUUGGGGCCGGGCCACCUUCAGUUUCGCCAAGGCAUUCGCGGCAGCAGCUAGUCACUGAACGUCGCUCCUGCUCAAGACAUUCUUCGAGUUUUUCAAAACGUAAGGAAAAACAAACUGCAGUGUUUAAUGAAAAACAAGUGAAACCUAAAUGGAAUAAGACUAGGAAUACUGCGACUCUAAACCCAAAAAAAUCUGUGUCGAGAAUACCAUGCUCAUUACCUGCAGAAAAUUCCAUUGAAAAAGAAGUGUGCAGUGCGUAGUGCUGACACUGUAUACACACUGCCAGUGUGUGUCUGUGUCCAUUCAACACUUUUGAAAUUGAAUCAAAGUGAUCAUUUUCGUCGAGCUGCUGUGGUGUCGGAUGACUCGAGCCACUUGUGUUGGCCGUCCGACCGACAUCCAGAUGACCAACAUGAAACGUCCAUUACUCAUUUGGUUGAUGUUAUGUUGCUGCUGCAUCGGCAUUGGAAUGUCGCAACGACAGGUUGGCGAUGAUCGACCGUUGCGGUUCCAGUCGUUCCCGUCCAAUCCUCCGCAGUCGUUUCAACAAAUAAAUUUUUUCGGGCCGCUUUCACCUCAGCAAUCUGCUGAUCCGGCUGGGUCAACGCCUAAUCGUCAAGCUUUGUUCUUCGCGUCGCAAAAUGCUGACCAGCAAGAUUCGCGCAAUCCCAUUUUUAAUUCGGGCGCAGUUAGUCCGCUGUCCACGCUGGCGUCAUCGUCGAUCGGGUCCGUACAAAGAGGUCAACAGAUCCGCAAUCCGACGGUGGAAGGCGGUUUCAAUCCGCAGCUUCAGCUGCCCACCGAAGUGGCCGCCAAUGCGUUUCCGUCCAGCGCUGGCCGGUUAACUCCGGCUUCCACUUUAAUCCAAAGCCGCGAACAGCCGAAACAGAAACCGAUCGUUCAGUUCCAGUUCAGUCGGGAUCAAGUUCAACCGAUGAACCCGAGCGGCAAUUUCAAUCGCUUCCAGCGUCCCGAACUCAAACUUGAAUUGCUUCCGGAAUUAGACGACUUUCCGCUUCCUGUGCCCAUUGGAUUCCGCACGCCUUUUUUCCAUCAGACCACAGAGGCCAAUCGCCAACAGGAAACAACGAAGCAUCAACAACACGUCCAGCAGUCUCCUCCAUCCGGAGCAGGACCCAUCCAGGCAUCAUCCGUGCCUGAAAAAGCCAUUGAAGAAUCUCUUCCAGCUGCGAUCCAAGAGAUUCCAGAUGCCCUGCCAGAAACCAACGACUUCCAACAUGUCCCACCUGUGACAUCCGUCCAUCAACCGGAAUCGCCCUUGACCGUCGAACCGCCAUCGACGCCACGCCCAUCUCAACUUCAGGUUCUCAGCGAUCAGCCGGAACCCGGAUCGAUUGGAGACAGUCCAUCAAACAGAAGAAACAGGUUGCGACGGCCAUUGAAUAGCAACGAAACACCGGCAACCAGUGCGGAAUUAUCCAACAGCCCGCGUCGAGUCCCUCCCGUCCGAGAAGGAAAUCCUAAUCUUAGACCUGUGCUGCUGGACGAACCGUCGGCCGUGACGACCGGAAGCCUACGUCAAAGAGUCCGUUCGACUACUACAACAUCUGCGCCAUUAGCCAUUCCUGUGACUACUGAAGCAGCUGAACCGGUUACGAUUCGCACGCGUCUGCCGCUCAUUCGUCCGCGACCCAGUGUGCCGUCUCGAACUCGAACGAACGUCCGUGUUUUCACGACAUCACCACCGGAAGAAGAACCCGUCACGACACGCGCGCCAUCCACUACUAGUCGUUUCUUCGGGAGACGUCCGAGACCGACUGUGUUGCCAGAUGAGGAACUUGAAAUCUUGAUUACAACAACUCAGAGAUCACGCGGGCCGACGACGACACGAGUCCGCAAUCAAUUCCGGUUUAAUUCGCCAGAACAGAGCGUCCCUUCAACGACAAUCAAACCUAUCCAUUUCAAUUCGCCUGAAUUGAGCCAACCUGUGACGACGACAUCCCAAUCUCCGGUUACACUGGCCAGUCCAGUUCAAACGGAUGUGAACAUUGUCAACGAGUCGAUCACGAUUGCCGAUCAACCGCUAUUGAUUCCGGCCGCAGAAGACGUAAUCGAUAGCACGACAAUUGAACCAGAAGAAGAAUAUUAUUAUGACGACGUCGUCGAUGAAGUCGACGUCGUAUCCGCCAAUGAUACCGCAACGACGACUACCGUUGUACCAGAAACCAUUCCCAUUUCUGAGGCUUCAUCAACAUCAACUACUCCAUCUCAAGAACUUCCAGCGGAAGCAGCAGUGGAGCCAGCAAUUGCAUCGGAAGCAGCAGUGGAGCCAGCGCUUGCAGCGGAAGCAGAAGCUGAGCCCGCAAUUGGAUCGGACGCAGAAGCUGAGCCCGCAAUUGCAGCGGAGGCAGAAGCUGAGCCCGCAAUUGCAGCGGACGCAGCAGUGGAUCCAGCAAUUGCAGCGGAACUGCCCAUCGCCACGGCUGUUGAGCAGCCAGUGGUAGAGAACGACCACAAACCGUUAAACGACGAUAAGCCAAUCAUCCACGACGUGACUGAUGAGGUGGCAUCACCACAACCGGUAGACGUGCAACAGGUUACGGAAAUAGGCGAAGCCAUUGCGUCCGACGCGGAACAACCGGUUGUCGAGGAAGAAGCUCCAGCAGCCAAAGCUCCACAACCAACUAACGGACCGUUAAAGAUAUUCAAUUUGGGUCGCAGGAAUACGUCGUCUGUCAAUCUAGAUAACAUCGUCUUUGUCCCCAAUUUGGACGGCUUCGUCCUUCCUAACCCUGUGACGCCCAACACGGUCUCGGUGGAAACGAGCCGCAGUGUCACGGUCGUAAAGAUGUCCGUCGACCAAUUACCGACCGAAAGUCCGUCGUCUUUACAAAGUGACAGGCAGAGCAAAGCCAUCGCUUCCAAGACGUCCAAUCUGGCCAACAAUCAAGCGUCGAGCGGUGAGGCCAAACAGUCGAUCAAGGAGAUCGAACUGGCCGGCGAAAGUUUAUUACCCGAGCCGACCAAAGCGCCAGACACGCGUAACGACGAACUGGAUCUGAUCCAAUCGGAUUUAUUCGACAAGCAUUUGAAUAACAAUUUUAACAUGGAAGCCAGUAAGCCGUCCAGCAAUCUAACAACGACUACGUUACCCACACCUACCAGUUCGCGGCCGCCAUUCCGGCCGCCUUUCGAAAGACCUCGACGGCCUUUUGAUUUCUUGGGAACGCCGAAGGUUGAGACGACAGACGUUCCAUUAACGGGUUCCGAUACUCCCGAACAAGUUGAAAUUGUGUCAUCGUCCACCACUGAAAUGGCCGUCUCGUCCAGCACGGAGCCGUCCACCACGACGGCGGUUGUUGAGGUGACAACAACGUUGUCACUUUUCGAUCGUUUGUUCGGCAAGAAAGUCGUCGUUAUGGAUGACAUCAGUAGCCUCUUGCCGCCCGGUUUCUCUGCACCGAAUGAAACGAUCGAAGCACCGGUUACUGAAGUUGUUGUUCCAGUUACGCAACCCGUUGCUCCAGUUACCGCGACCGCAACGCUUGCGAGUUCCGCCGAAGUACCGUUGACAACACCUGCGCCAGAAGGUCCCCCUAUAAGUGCAUUGGAUAAGGUUUUCGGGUCAGUUAAAGAAGACGACAUUUCAGCUUUUCUGCCGCCCGGUUUCAAAAUGGAUCAACCGCCGACCACGCCAUUAUCCACCACGACUAAAGGUCCCUUUGAUGGCUUAUUUGAUACGGCUAAUAUGGAUGACUUGAGCGCCCUAUUGCCCCCCAAUUUCAAGCAACAUCUUUUCACUCCGGCGCCGAGCAAAACGACGCCCACUGUCGUUACGGAGUCUGCUGUUUCAACGGAUGCACCUUCUGCGGCAGAACCUUCGACCACAACAGCUAAAAAAGGAUUAGUCUUCCCGACACGAGCCAGCCCUGCACGCACGACAACGAGCGAAAAACCCAAAAUUAAACCGACCCAAUCUGCCGUUGAAAUUAAAUCUGGGUGGCCAGUCCGGGCCACGACGGAAUUUACUGGAUGGCCGUCGCCAGCUACCCAACCUUAUUCGCCACCUUCAACUACGCCGACAACUGUCAGAAUGACAACAACGACGACGACGACAACAACAACAACAACUCCGCGAGUGACAACAGUCGGCCAAUGCGGAGAAGAGUGCCGUCUGGCGGGCACGAUCCGAUUGGUCGAUGGUAUCGACUGGAUGCCCGAACUAUCCGAUCACAAUACCCGCGAAUGGUACCAACUGGCCGCCAUUGUUGAAAACUCGCUGGAUGCCGUCUAUCAGAACGGACCAUUAGCUCCGUGGUACGCUGGCAUUGUCGUCGAAGCUUUCAGUCGUGGCAGUGUCCUGGUGGAUUAUUACCUGAACCUGAACGGCACCACUAUACUGGACACUGGCGAAAUUCGCAAUUAUUUCCACAUGUCCCUGGAGAAAGAGGGAGAACAUUACAAACUUGGCAACUUUACCGUCGAUACCAAAUCGACCGACUUUAUCGUAUUAAGGCAACCGGUCGUGUCCGGUGAGAAGCCGAGAGUUGUGACGGGAGGAGUAGGAGAAUGGGUUAUUGCCGUCAUCGUUGUCGGUCUUGCCUCACUCAUCUUUGUCAUCGCCUUUGGAACCACCAUGCUGAUCCGACGGCGAAGGCAGCACCAACGAAAACCCUUGCCGUUGACGGAGGAAAUGCUCAAUGAACUCAACAAAAAUCACAUGGCCGGUGCGGAACUUGUAGGUGAUUCGUUUUACAAUGACGACAUUGGCGAUGCAUGGGACCAUCGUACCAACUUCCCAACUAAACCUCUUAAGCCUCUACCAAGGCCGGCUUCAGUCAGUGCCAUUCAUCAGACAUCUCGGACUCACGGCAGCAGCAGAGGCUACAAUUACAAUCACUACACCAACUACAACAACUUCCGGCCGCAACUGCACGAUACGUGGAAAUCCGAGUGGGACAGCAGUUACUACGAGACUUCCAAUUCCGGGACGGCUCCGCGGUCUUCUAAAACAGCACCCACACGGCCAGCUACGAGUUACGGUCGAUACCCAACAUAUGGACGUUCACGUCCUACCAAUUUUCACGAUGAUUUUUAAGACCUAGGGUGUUCCUUUUUGUUGCUUAAAUGGGAAUCAAACAAUUCAACUUUUUUUUUAAAGAAGGGAAGAGAACAACUGAAAAUUAGGAUUUUUGUACAGUUACUUUCACUUUCUCGCUCUUUAAAUAAUAAUAUUAAUAAUAAUAAUGUUCUCUUUUUUUUGUAAUGACUCAUUGGUCUAACAUUGUCGUGUGAAUUUUUCUGCCCAACUCCAGUCGCCUGUGUCCACGUUAUACUUUUCUUUUUUUGUGUCGAUUUUGAUUUAUUAUAUAUAUAGAAAGAGAGAGAGAAAUGGAAGAUGAAAACUGAUAAAGAGACGAUAUUGCAUUUGAAUGAAUUUCCUUAGAGAAAAACCCCUGUUAUUUUAUUGCAAACAUUUCCCUCGACUUUUACGGUCGAAAGCUCACGGGACCAAGCGUGAAAAAUGCUUCCACAUCCGAUAAUGUGUGUCAACGUGUAUUCUAUCAAAGGAAGGAAACAAAACCAAUAUUAGUCGGUGAUCUA